UAUUUGUUUCUUGUGUAAGAAUAAUGUAUUUUUUUAAAACCAUUAUCGGCUUUUUGUUUUGUACAGUGGUGUUGGGCUGUAACUACACGGAUAACAUAGACCAUCUUAGCUAUUAUACUCCCGAAUAUGAUCUUCCGGGACUAGAUGAGCUUCUCGUCCUUUCUUCAGUUUCUUACAGGGUAGAAGUGGGAAAAAUACAAGCCGAAUGGAAAAUACCGGAUACCUACCCGUCAUUGGACAAAUUGCGAGUAAUGUACGCGAUCAGAUUAAAGCAAUGUCACGUGUUUUCUAUGUACCUCCAAUGUUCACACGCGUACUAUGCAACGAUAUAUAUAUCACGCGUGAUUACUACGAUACGAGAGGUGGAAAAUAGUAAGGAAAACUCCGAAUUUAUCGAUAACGCGAAAGAGCUGAUCAAAAUUUCCGAGAUAGUCACAAGAACCAUUAGCAAACUAUUAGCUAUUCUGAUACACCUUAAUUACGUGCCACCACAAUGGGUCGUAUUAAUGUUAUUGUAUAGUAAAGUCAUAAAAGAAAAACUACACGUAACUAAAGACCUGGACGAAUAUUUGAAGAACUGGGAAGAAAAACAAAUGCAAACAUCAUUAAGCCCCAAGAGCUCACAACAGAACACAAACGAAAAGAACCUGAACAGCAGCAUAUACCAGGACAUGGACUUAAAAGAUUCAGAAAUAAAUGAGGAGGAAAUAUCAGAAGAUAAUACCCCUGGCCCUAUGCAAUUGAAACAGAAAUAUUUGUGGAAUUUGACACAAUAUGCACGUUCUAUAACGCAGAAUUUCAUUAACGGGUGUUCUACCAAGCUGGGCAUACAAUUUUCUAAUGCCAUGAAAGUGAUCAAUGUAAAAAAGGGCUUAGUGAAAAAGUUCACCAUUAUAAAUAAGUCACUCAAAGAUUAUUACAACCACGUCGUCAAACCACAGAAAGGUCGGACCAUCAAAAGAGUCACUUACAACACUCUGUGGAGCUUUAGAAGUGUAAUACUUGAAAGCAAGACCUUUGCAAUUCUCACCGCAUCCGAGGAUAAAAAAACGCUCGGCAUCAAUUGGAAAGACCUAAAAGAGCGGUUCCAAGAAAUAUUUCAAACGUCGGAUGACCAAACCUCUCCUCUCCUCGACAGCUACAUGUCCAUCUGGAAUGCCAACAAUGGUGCUAGUACGAGUAUAAAAGAGGUGUUCAGAACGGUCGUGUUGCGGUACGUGUAUGUGAACACGAUUUACUGUGAUAACAUGUACGAAAAUGUAAACAUAGUGAACAAUUCUGGUGAAUUUAAACUAUGGUUACAAACGCAAUGUAAAAAAAUCAAAGAAUCGGUAGUUGCCGCGAUUAAGUAUUUGGGAAACGACUUGUUUCUUAAAAACCUAAUACCGGCUUUAAAUAAUUUCAUAAUAAAUCCCAUGUCAGAAGCGUCUAAUAUCAUCAUUACGGUAGGACGACAGUUAAAUCAGCAGUCAGGGCUCUUGAACGUGGUCGCCACCAACGAGGUCAAGCCAUUGAACGUAGAAGAAAAUAUAAAUGAUUUUGAACGUUUUUUUAAAAAUCAAACGAACAGCUUACAAAAUGCCAUAAAUUAUAUCAAAGACGUUAAGCACGCUUUCAAACUUUUGGAUUUUAAAAUUUUGGACACCAUACAGAAAUCAGCAAUGAACGAUUGGAUCCAGUCUGCGGAUCCGGCAUAGCGCAUCUAUAACACUCGUUUGUCUAAAGAUAUAUUAUAUAUUGUUAAGGCUUUUAUAAGAAAUUGGAUAAUGUCAAUUUUUCGUUUGGUAUAUCCAAUUUUGUGCUUUAAAUUUCAAUAUUCGAGUGAAUUGACUUCACUUAAAUAAUAUUAUCUGUGUUUGUACAUCAUUGUUUUAUCAAUAGUACAUUUUAAGUGGUACUCGAGCAUAAUAUAACAUAUUAUAUUUUAAAAACCUUUGCCUAAAAAUUAAAUGAAUGAAAAAAAAAUUAAUAACAAUGUACAAAAACAAACAGUGAUCUUUCCUUUAAAUUUAAUUAUAGGCUAAUUCAGUCUAAAUUAAAACUAACUGCAACAAAAUUCGUUCUACUGAACAAUAAUAAUUUGACAUUAGCCAUAAAUAACAUAUUGCAUAAAUAUAAUAUAAUUAUAGACAUUGAUUUUAUAAUACAUGUUAUACAUAAUUUUUGCACAGAUAAAAAAUGUAAAAAGAAAAAGUUAAAUAAUUUUAAUAACGAACUUGUUAAUAAUACAAUAUCAAUAAUUAUAUUAAAAGAUAAUAAACGUUUAUAAAAUAGAAAAUAUUAUUGAAUAGAUACCUAUAAUCCUACAUGCUAUCAUACUCAACCCUGAUUCUGGAUAAAAUCUCGGCCGGAUUUUGCUCAAGGAGGAUUUUGGCAGGAUGGGAUUUCGUAAAUUCCUCAACCCACACGUACCCGUUGGAUUCAAAACUAUCUAUUGAUUAAAAUAUAAACAUAAAUAUUCGCCUGUAAAAAUAAAAAAAUUAUUCACAUAUUUAGUUAGUUGUAUAAACAUAAUAAUACUGCAAUAC